ACGCUUUUUUGGUGCAUGAUGUCCAAAAAGUUAGGAUUUGCCGAAAACUUUGCUCUCAGUGGCGCUGCUGCCGUCAUUUCUAAGACAGCUGCUGCUCCCAUUGAGCGCAUCAAGCUCCUUGUCCAGAAUCAGGAUGAGAUGAUCAAGGCUGGGCGUCUUUCAGAACCAUACAAGGGUGUCAUAGACUGCACUGUCAGAACUUUUAGGACAGAAGGUCUUUUGCCAUUUUGGAGAGGAAACCUUGCCAACUGUCUUCGAUAUUUCCCAACCCAGGCCCUGAACUUUGCCUUUAAAGACAAGGUUAAGGCACUGUUCAAAUCUAGCCCUGAUGAAGGCCAAGCUAUGAAGUUUACCAAGAACAUUUUUUCUGGAGGUGCAGCAGGAGCUAUGUCUCUGAUGUUUGUCUAUUCCCUCGACUAUGCUAGAACCAGGUUGGCCAAUGAUGCUAAAGGAUGUGCCAAAGAAGGUGGUGAGCGUCAGUUCAAUGGUCUUAUUGAUGUGUACGCCAAGACCUUGAAGUCCGAUGGCAUUGUUGGUCUAUACAGAGGCUUUGUCAUCUCCUGUGUGGGCAUCAUUGUGUACAGAGGAUUCUAUUUUGGCUUGUAUGAUUCCCUCAAACCCUUGCUUCUUGGUAAAGAUGCUGGAGUGUUCAUUUCUUUUCUCUUGGGCUACGUGGUGACCGUCACUUCUGGUCUAUUGUCAUACCCAAUUGAUACCAUCAGGAGACGUAUGAUGAUGACCUCUGGCCAAGCUGUGAAGUACAAGGGCUCCAUAGAUUGCGGUAGACAGAUCAUUGCAAAUGAAGGCUUCAUGUCACUCAUGAAAGGAGCAGGUGCUAACAUCCUUAGAGGUGUUGCAGGAGCUGGUGUGUUGGCUGGUUUUGAUAAAUUCAAGGCAGUAUACAUCAAAUUCCGUCUUGGUUAAUUUUUUUGAUUCAAG